AACUAGGUCGUUCCACAUAAAGUUCGCGAUGAGAAAUAUCCGAAUCUUAGUAUUUUCAUGUUUUUUCCUAUUGUGAAGUACUAGCAAAUGGAGAUAACAUCUAUCAAUGCCCAAAUUCUUUUAUCUUAUGGUAACGACUUCGCCAAAGUGCUAGUGUCGUAAUCUUCAAAAGUUUCAUUUAUUGAUUUAUAUAUUCUAGACAUCACAGCACGCCUUAUACCAUUCUGCAUUUUUCUCCACUUUAGUCGAAUUCUCUGCUGUAGCCUAUUCGACAUCGUUGAUUGAGCUAGACUAGCUUUUGGAUAUUCUUCGACACACCUUGGCGCCCAUGCACGGGUGCUUCUCUUGGAAGUCCAAGGGUGAUCUGGAUAAAGUCACCAACGACUGUCAUUUUUUUUAGGGAAGAUGAUUGAAAGGAGUUGCAGAGUGCGACAGGAAUCAGGAUUCCGUCUUUCAAAGUGAAUGAAUUAUGGAGAGAAUGGAUAACAUGGGUUAUGUUCGAAUCCUUAAUGAUCAUAAUCAAGGUAUCGUGUUGCUGUGUUUCUAUUUGAUGCGCUCGACGGCAUAAGGUCAAUUUUAGUUCUGCUAUUUUUUGAGCCUAUUAAUAUCACAUUUUGACGCUUUGGAAGUAUGAGUUUUACGUAGUCUCAGAGGCGUGAAACACCGCAGCAGAUAUGUUAGACACAUUAUUUCCUACAGUCGCGCUAAAUAUAAAUCCUUUUUACAUGCCAAAGUUAUAUGGGAGGUACGGAAGGAAGUAUCGCCAACUGAAUGAAGAUUUUUGAUUUUUUUUUAGUCAUUGGGAGACAGAAUGAACGAAGUUAACAAAUAUGAGUUGCAUUUACGCUUUUUAAAUUAUUUUUUCUUCUACUCAGGAUCGAAGGAGCAGUCUCCACGUUCUCAAGAAUACUUCUAGAGUUACCGGAGUAUAAGGAAGAGAGAAACAUAUACACAAGUUCAGUACGUGACUCUAUAAAUCGUAUAACAUUCAUUCUAUACAUUUAAGCUCUAAGAAUUAAUAUAAAAGAGAAAAAAGCGAAAAUACAACAGCGAUGCCUCCGCGUAGUUCAAAAAAAGCUGACACUAAGCGGGAAGGUUCCUCCGCUAAACGGUCCGCCAUGCGGGCUGUGGAGCGUGCUGCAAAAAAGGAGGCGGAAAGGGAGGCUAUGAGGAAAUGGAUAGAUGACCAUGAUCCUCUUCUUGACAAGGCCCCGACCCAUCCGAUCACCAUUAACUGUAUAUUUGAUAAGAUGUUAAUGCACAAAUCAUUUUCUCACACUUCUCCAGGUUGUGAGGUGAAACAGGAGCCGUACGACUGGUCCGUGUUCCAAAGUGUUCUGGAGUCUCGCAACUCGAGCAGUCGACGAUGGUUCAUUCAGCUACGUGAGGAGGACUUACUUGCCGGCGAGGAUGGCAUGGACGGUGUUACGGUGGAUUGCUUUGUGAUCGCCGAGGCGAGCGAGCCAACUUUGGCACCCGCGGAGUAUAUCGUGAAGGUUCAUUGGCCUUACAGCGAUGCCGAAGACAACACACCGGAGCGCAUUCUGCCGAUCGAAGGCCAGUCGAUGUGUUGGCGUCGAAUCGUGAAAAGUGACGGCCAAGACAUCAACGCGUAUCUUUUGGUGAAGAAGGAAGGCUCCUCAGGAUCCGCGCUGACCGCUAGCCCAUCUUCUGCAGCGCCAGCUUCCUUGUUUGGUAUGUCCGCAGCCUCCGCGCCGAACACGGCUUCCGGCAGCACAGCCUCAGCUACUUUAGCCUCAACUUCCGCCCCCGUCAGCGGCUUUGGGUUCAGCUUUGGCCAAAGUAGCAGCGCCUCAACCGCGCCACCGUCAUCGUCGACUGCGACGCCGCCGGGCUUCUCGUUUGGUUUUGGAACGGCACCGCCCACGCAGGGGGUUACGACGACGGGGAGCAGCAACGCGACGACGGGAAUUGCGUUCGGCUUUUCGAACACCGUCCAAAGCACGUCGCCGCAGCCGGGCGUUCCAUCUGCUUCCUUUGGAUUCGGAGCGGCCAAUACGACCAGUGGGAGCACACCCGUUGUCGACGAAAGCGCCGUGGCAGUGAAGCCUCUAAAGCCCUCGGAGGUUUUCUUCACGUUGUGGUCCAAGGCGCGCGUGCAGGAGAUGGCGAGAGAGAUUAAAUCCGGCAGCCGCAUUGUCCACGAUAGUUUUAUUCUCAAGACUCCAACAGGUUCCGGAUUGAAGAUGAAACUGGUUAUGGAAAACGACCGAAAAGAUAAGGUUGAGGAGACUACCCGGCAUCUCAUCCUAACACGGCUUUUCUCGAAGCAAGACCCUGAGGUGGUGGCGAUCGUCCAGUGGAUUGACGCGUGUCCUGUGUUUGAUGAAACCUUGGCUGCAGGCCUGCAAGCCUUUCGCAAGCGCUACGUCAACCAGCUGGCGUCUCGUUCAGAUCUGUUUGAGAGUCUAUUUGAUGCGUAUCAUGCGCAGAUUCAAGAAGAAUUGGAGCGAAUUGUCGCGAUUCGAGCUAAAGCUGCGCAGUCGGAGUUGGACAAGAUUGACUACAUCAUCAAACAACUGAAGGAAGGGAAGUUGGCGGAAAAGAGUACCUUUCGCCUACUCAAAUACUACCCCAAGAACGACGUUCAAAAAUUUCGUCCCUUUAAAAAGAUAGGAGGAAUUUCAGAGAUGGGUGAAUAUGCGGAUGUGUGCGAACCUCCAGCGCAUGAAAACAUCAACCCCUUUACUGGGAAACCCAUGUGA